UAGAAAACAAAUCUUAGAAACAAGUCUCUGUGAAAGUUCCAAAACAUAGUUUUAGACAUAAUAAAAAUAUAGUAAGAAUAUUGCUUACAUUUUUAAAUAGAACAGAUAGACUAUAUGCGUAGUUUAUACGUAGACUUUCGUACUAAGAAACUGGAAUUCUAAUAGGUUAAGAAGAAAUGCUUGAGAUUCGUGUUUUUACCUUGUUGGGUAAUUUGUGUAUAAGAAUCUAUGCAUUGGGGAGAGACGCUGUAUCUUGCUUCUCUCCCCUCACUGCCAUCAUGAUCCCCCGAAGAAGACGGGAGCUGUGGCUGCAACAUCGGCCCUCCCGGAGCCUUGCAUGAGGAGCUGCUUCUACUUCUAAUUGAGAUUUUACUUCUAUUUAGGACUCUAUGCCGAAAACUUCUAGCACAGACUUUAACACUUGGGAUUUUUUGAGACUGAUGUGCCUUUACAAUAAACAACUUUAUAGCAACUAAUAACUGCUCAGCUCUUUUAAAGAAAAGAAAACCCGACACUCAGUAGCAGAGGAAUGUUUGUGAACUGCCCGCCUGGCAUUGCAAACUUUACUUUUCUGGAUUUCUCUUUUAAGCUACAUUUUAUUUGUUCUGUCUUCCAGAUGCAGAUUCGGUGUCUAGUUAACUUGAAAAUAAGGCUGCUCUAGCUGUCAGCCUUUUGAAAAGAAGAAAGGCAGACAUCUAGAAAAUGUUUUCCUGUCUGCAAUUUAUGUUCAGUCUAUCCCAGUUAGGAGAGCUUUUUUUGUGAUUUUUAAGUUUGGUGCUGUCAGCCCCAUGUGAACAAACCAGAACAAAAAGUGCACUGGGUAUUAGGAAACAAUGCCACGGAAGAGGAAAAGUGGUGGGAAUCCUUCUCAGAAGAAUGGCAAUUCUGACAGAACUACUGUUGCUGUAUCCCAGGGGGACCCAAGCCACUUAAUGACACAAGCAAUGCAUUAUGUCAAUAAGGAAGAGCUCUUCAACAGCAUGUCAGAGAUGUUUUCUGACCUAGAUCCUAGUGUGGUUUAUAUGGUUCUGUCUGAAUGUGAUUUUAAAGUAGAAAAUGCUAUGGAUCAUCUUCUAGAGCUGUCCACCCAUGCCAAAGGAGUAGCAUCUUCAAAAACCUUGGGUUUUGAUUUAGCAGCAUCAUCAUUACCUCUUGUUAAUCAGCAAAGAUCUAUUGCAAAUGAAAGAAUGAGGGGAGGUUCUGGAGCAGCAAUAGAAAAGGUCCCGUCACCUGGUGUGCAGCUGACUGGAGACCUGAAUUCCUUACUAGAAACUGCCUUUCAGAGUUACAGCUUGAGUGAGGAAUUGCCUAAUUCUUCAGAUGACCAAAUAGUUGAGCACCCUGUGGAACAUGAUGGUUUUACCGAAUAUCCUGAGUGGGAAAAGUCAGAUUCGUUUUGCAAUGCCCUACUUUUUCCACAGCAAGCAGAGACAAAUAAUGUGGUUUUAGAAAACUCCUGCUGUUCCCAGCCACCAGUGAGUCAGCUGAGCAUCCAGGCAAGCUCAUCAUCUGCAUCAGACAGUUUUGCACAGAUACUGGAAGAUUCUGAUUUGUUGGAAAUACAUGUUCAACGUGAUGUGGCUUCAGAAGUAUAUAAACUAUCAAAUGGAGAAAUAUGUGAACAUUCUGAUCAGACGCAAGAUACUGUUUUGGAUCAAAGUAGUGUGACUGCUGCCUCUUGCGGGUCCUCCCAAAAACCUAUGGAACUUGGAGCAGCUGUUACUGGAGAUCCUAAUUCCAGGUGCCUGGAACAACAUGAAGAUGCAAUGAAUGCCUUUAGCAGCUACCAGAGUGCUUCUCUUCCAGAGGCGUGUAUCUCUCCUGAAACUUCCAGUUUCAAAACACAAAAACCUGCAGAUACUCAGCAAACUCAGCAGGGUUAUAACUUAAAUUUUUCUACACCAUCAGGUCAAUCUCAACAACACUGGAAUCUCAUGGCUCCUGUGUUUUAUCCAUCCAGUGGAACUCACAGCUUUGUAAUUCCUGUGGCUGCCAGUCCAGGGCAGUGGAGACCUGUUUCUGACUGUAGAACUUUGGAAAAAGGACUUUUUCUUUCCUCCCCAGUGGUUUCAAAUGCCUGGGAUGGCAACCCUUCUCUGAAGGUAUGGGGAAAUCAAGAUAGAAACUCAAAAUUGAACCUCUCACAAGCACAACAACCACGUGUUUGUCACAUGAUGAGAAAAAAGAUGCAACUUAUAGGUCCAGUACUUGUCCUUCUCAGAGGUGUUCCAGGAUCAGGAAAAUCGUAUUUGGCAAGGAAUCUGCUUGAGGAUAAUCCAGGUGGAAUCAUUCUUAGUACUGAUGAUUACUUUUACAAACAUGGACAAUACCAUUAUGACCCUGAUUGCUUAGGGGAAGCACAUGACUGGAACAGGAAACGAGCCAAAGAAGCAUUUGAAAUGAGAAUCUCUCCUAUAAUAAUUGACAACACAAACAUACAAGCAUGGGAGAUGAAGCCUUAUGUUAUUUUGGCUCAGCAGUUCAAAUACAAAGUAAUGUUCCGAGAACCAGACACUUGGUGGAAGUUUAAACCAAAAGAACUUGAAAGGAGAAACAUUCAUGGUGUAUCUAAGGAAAAGAUCAAAAGAAUGUUGGAACGGUAUGAACGCUGCCUUACUGUUAGAUCAAUAUUGAAUUCUUCAGUUCCAGACGAAUCAGAAGCUGCUGGCUGGAGUGAAGAUCCGUGUCAGGAGGAAAGCCAGAGAAAUAGAGAAAUACAUUCUGAUGUAAAGGAAGAAGAAUGUUUUGCUUCUGAGGUGGAGCCUAUUGAAUUAACUGAAGUUGAUAAAACUUCUCCUGGUAUUUCUCUAACAUCAGGAAGUAGUUGUGAUUCUGAGCAUUUUCAGAAAAAGGAAAAAGAAAUGGAAGAUAACUCAGUGGAACACAAUUCUGAGACCAGCACUGUUCAAGAUGACUUGGAAAUUAAUUUAUCAGAUUGCACCAAAAAAGAGCUGCCCUUGGAGAAGAAAGAAGAAAAGGGAUUAAAACCAGAAAAAACUGAAGCAGAAACGGAUGAGGUUGAUGUGAUCCCACCUGAAGAGACUGUGAACUUACACACAGGUGGAGCUGAGGAACACAGUGAUAACAGCAGUCUCAAAGUUCAAACUGCAGUUGAACAAUUGGACGAAAUAUGUAUGGAACCAAAAUCAACACAAACGAGUAACACAGUGGAAACAAGCAGUUUGGCUUUUGAUGCAUCAGGAAAACCAGAACUGCUAAACUUUCUGGGUGACUGGCCCGUGGAACAAACAAUGGGACAGAGAGUCAAAAGAUCUAGAAGACUAGAAAAAUCUCCUUUGAAGAGUGAUAAGGAAGGUGAAACUCCCAGUCAGCAGCAUUCUGAGAUAGGUAAAGAGCAAGUGGGCCUGCCUGAGACACGUACUGUUGAGAAGGGACAUGAAGAUGAAAGUCCACCCUGUAGCUGUUACUCUGGUAGUUCAGAUACAGUUACACCAGAAUUGCAAAUGUUAGGAUGUUGGCCUGUCUCAGCCUCAUUAGAACAGAGACAACAAAGGUCAAGGAGAAUGAGAAAGACAAAUUUAAAUCAAUGUGAUGAAGACAGAAAUACUGAUGAUGACACUGAUAUGAAUGCUCUUGAAACUGUACAUGUGAUUCAUGGGUCGUCUGUGAACACUGGAGAGGAACCAGAUAUAAGGAGCUUGCCUGUGCACCAAGAGGAAAUAGUAGCUAGUGAAACAGUAAGUGAGGAAAAAUCCCAGCAAAGUAAGAGAACAAGAAAACAUCACAAAUUAGCCCUCACUUUUACAAACAGCUGCUUGCCACAUCCCAGAGAAGAGGACCGCUUGUCUAAACUUAAUGUGGCAGAAGAGAAUCAGGACACAAACUUAUGUAGGCAUAAAAGUAGCCAUUCACAGACUGAAUCACAGGACUUUGCUCUCCUGUGGAGGUUAGAAAAGAAAAUGCUUUUUCCUGAGACAGCAAAAAUAUUGCAUGGCAGGCUAGAUGGCUUCAAACCCAAAGAUACAGAUAAUGCUUCAGAUUCUCAGGAAAAAAUACCCUAUCGAGUUACGUAUGAUAAAAGCACUUUUGUGGAGGAAAGUGAGCUUAUCAAUAUUGAUGAGUCUGAAAAACUAGAUAUGCUCUGUAAGCUCUUUGAGUCUGUUUCAUUUGAAGCUCUGAAAGAUCUGUAUGAAAGAUGUAACAAAGACAUAGACUGGGCCACAGGUCUACUGCUAGAUGAAACGUUACGUAAAGCUGUUGAUACUGAAAGCUUUCAGGUAAGUGAAGCUGAGCCAGUGGUCGCAGACCUUGAUUUCAAGGCAAGUACAGGCUGUGGUGAGAAUCUCAAAGACUGCAAACAAACCCCACAAGUACUUGGGGCUGGUGGUACCUUUGAGGCUUUAGAAGACAAGAACUCAUCACUCAGCAUUGCAGAAAGUAGGGCUGCCAAGACAGCUGUGACAAGUGCUGAUGUGUCUGACUCAUUCACUGCUACCUCAUUGGAUAAUUCAGUGGAACUGAAAAAUUCUGUGGAUUCAGCCCCUAGAACUGACACAAGCAACUCAGCAGCAGGUAUCAUUGAGCUGUCUGUUUCAGGAAAGCAGAUGGGAGAGAGUGAGAGUCCUCUUGAAGAAACUGUAAAUAAGCCAUCACUUUCACAACUUGAUGCAGGUUUGCCUCAUGAUCCUAACACAACUUCUACGAAUUUGAAAUCUGAAUUAAGCACUGAAAGUGACAGUAACCCUUCAGAAAGCAAUGCUGAAAAUACCAAAGGGACUGGUUUGUUACUGGAAAUGGAUUGUUCACCUCUGGUUGGUCCUAGAAGCAAUAAAGAACUGGAGAUGGAUAAAAAAACUGAGGAGAAUUCCAGGGAGAUACGUGGUAAAGAAGAAAUUGAAACUCCAAGCUGGGCUGCAACUAAAACCAAGAGACAAAGCCCUGUACUAGCAUCACAUGCAGCCUUCAGUAUAGAUUGCCUAGAACUAACACUGCCUCCUGAACUGGCACUGCAGCUGAAAGAGAUAUUUGGACCUGUUGGCAUUGAUGCAGGUUCACUAACUGUUGAGGAUUGUGUGGUUCAUAUUGAUCUGAAUUUGGCAAAAUUGAUUCAUGAAAAAUGGAAAGAAUCCAUUCUGAAGCGUCAGAGGAGAGAUGAAUCGUGUAAGUUGUCUGCAGAAGUGAUUCAGCGGAUAGAUACAGAUGACUCAGAAGUGCUGUUAUCUCAGAAUGCAGACAGCAAAAUACAGAAGAAAAAAUCGAGCUCAGCUGCAGACACAUCGAAUGAUAUACAGACCAAAACCUUAGCAACAUCAGACGUUUUUCCAUUUAUGGAUCACUGGAAUGCUCAGAUUCAGAAAGUUUCUCUCAGGCAAAUAAUUUCUGAAGAAAUAGCAAUUCAGGAGAGAGAGGACCUGAAUCGUGUUCCUUCUACAGCUAAAAAAGACUGUGCUGCUAAACUAAAGGAGAAGCAACUUUUUGAGAUGUUUCCAACUAUUAAUCAAAAUUUCUUAAUGGAUAUCUUCAGGGACAACAACUACUCUUUAGAACAAACGGAACAGUUUCUGAACUGUGUUCUGGAGGCAGAUCCUGUACAAACAGUUAUAGCUCAAGACAGUGUUCAGCAAAAUGAAAUUGUUUCUUCCUACAGUGCUGCAAAGAACCGUGAGAAGAAGGCAAAAAAAAGUAAGGAAGAGGAUGAUCCUUUAUGCGAAAUGUUUCAAGACUUUGAGUAUCCACAAUAUGAUGAUUUAAGGGCAGAAGCUUUUUGUCACCAGCAGAAGAGGCAGGAAUGUUUGAAAAAGGCUGGAGAGGCCUAUCGCAUGGGUAUGAAGCCUGUGGCAGCUUUUUAUGCACAUCAGGGUCGUCUUCAUGAGCAGAAGAUGAAAGAAGCUAAUCAUGCUGCUGCUGUGCAAAUCUUUGAGAGAGUAAAUACUUCCUUGCUGCCUAUGAAUGUCUUGGAUUUGCAUGGUCUACAUGUGGAUGAAGCUGUGAAUCAGUUGUCCAGAGUGCUGCAGGAAAAAAGUGAAGAGUACCAGCAGACUGGUGGUAAACCAUAUCUCAUUGUUAUCACGGGAAGAGGAAGCCAUAGUCAGGGAGGAGUCGCUCGAAUCAGACCAGCAGCUAUCAGAUACCUCACAAGCCACAACUUCAGGUUCACAGAAAUAAAACCAGGCUGCCUGAAAGUCAUGCUGAAUUGAAAAGUUGUGGAAAGAGGAAUAUAGAAACUGAGGUGUCAAUUGACUGCCGGGUAAUAGAAAAAAACCCCCAUGUUUUGAACAACUGCACUGGUAUUUUGUAAUCUGUUUUAAAGGAGGAUAUUUUAUUAGAACUGGUCUCAAUCUACAGCAAGUGGAUUUGUCAGUAUGUUUCCAAUAAAUUUUUGUGUGGAAUAGAUAGUUUUUUGAAUCUGCAAAAGGAAGAUACUUAAAAGGAUUUGAAAUCUCAGAAAUGCAGAUUAAGAAUUUUGCUGAGAAAUACAUGAUGUUUUUAAGGGAAGUUAAGGUACAAUUUUUAAUAUAACUGUCUUCUUAGCAUACCUAAUCUGCCUUUUGACCCUUACACAUUUUGAUUGCUGCAGCUUCUGUACUUCUAAAACGUAUUAUCUUGUACAAAUGUAUUUUGUAAUUCAGAACUUUGUGCUAAACCCUUCAGAAGAGCAGGGGAGAAGCUGAAAUUGGGCAACUACUGGUAUUUCAAAUUCAGUUACAUCUGAGUGCUGAGUAUUUCCAGGUUUCUUCAAAAAUCUGCUGUCUUUUUAGUUGUCAUGCUAUGAUGGAUUGACCAGUUCUGUUAUCCUUACUUCAUUCUAAACUUCUCCAACUAUUGAAGGAAGUUGCAUAAAGGCCUGUGCAUUAAGGCCAGCUCUGUGUUAGGUAAUUUGGCAGAUUUCAUGGGAUCUGUUAAGGGGAAAAACACAAUGCUGUUAUUCAAUCUGUUUUGGAGAUCCACCUACUGGAUUAAAAUUGUUUCUUACUUUGUGGCUUUUUAAAUGCAGUACUGUUUCACUUUACAAGUAUCUAAUAAUGAUGUCUUCAUUCUUAGUGUAUUGUUUGGUGAUUUCCUUGUAGAAAAUAUGACAAUGAGACAUUUUAUAUGUAUUUUUAACAUCAAAGUGAAUGCUAAUAUUGCAAUAGUAAUUGUCUAACUGGAAAAUCUGGUAGUACAAAAGUUACUCUGACUUUGGUGGUGUUGUAUCAGCAUCUAGAAAUACCCAUGUAAAAAGCCAAAACAACAUUAAAAAAAAAACAAACAAAACCCUUCAAAAAUGAAAUAUAAACAACUGUACUUAGGCAAGUGUUUCCAGUAAACAAUCAGAACACUUUUUAAUAGAAAUAUCUUCUAGAAUGUAUUGCUAUUUUUAUUUACAUCUUUGCCUUCUGAAAGGCAUAUGAAUUUUUGUUGUAAGGCUCUUUCAGAACAGGUGUGAGUUGUGUAUUAGGAAUAAUAUUAAUAGAUUAGGGAUUAAUGUGAGGAGUUUUAAAAUUUUUAACCACUUUGUAUUAAAUUUUAUCCAGGAACUACAUACACAUAGAGUUUGUAUAUGAAUCCAUAUGUGUGUGCAAGUUCUGCAAUUUGUAUGCAUGAGUACUAAUAAACAAAGAACUUCUGUGAGAAAA